UUUACCCCCUCCGAGCUUCAACUGUGGCCGGGCUCCUUCAACCAACCACUAUUCUGACAUUUAACUCCGGAAACACAAAUGUAAGCAGCGCUGCGUUACAUCCUAAAGUGAGACGGAACGGCGAGGCGCUUGAUCAGCUGUCGGACAGCGGUUGGAACUGGCCACGAUGUCGAGGGUGGUGAAGAAAAGGCAAGCGGACCCCAAAGUGGUUCAGUAUGUUUGGUCGGCCAUCGAAGUCAUUCGCAAUCAGAAACAAAUCGCCAACAUGGACAGAAUCUCAAAGUAUUUAAGUCGUGUGUAUGGUAUGCACCCUAAAGACACAACCAGGCAGCUGGUUUUGGCUGUGAAAGAUGGUUUGGUGGUGGAAACGCUCACAGUGGGCUGCAAAGGCUCAAAGGCCGGGAUUGAACAGGAGGGCUACUGGCUCCCAGGAGAUGAGAUGGAGCAGAUGUCAGAGGGAAGCAAGCCAUCUCUGCCUUCUGAAGCUCUUUUUCCAGAUGACUGGGAGGCAGAAAGUCAUGAUUGGUACUGCUUUGAGUGUCACCUUCCUGGAGACGUGAUGGAGUGUGACGGCUGUUUCCGUGUUUACCACCUACGGUGUGUGUCGGAAGACCACCGGCCGCGGGACACGACCUCCCACUGGCAGUGCGGCAUCUGCAGGGGCAGUAAAAGGAAGAAUUUGAACAAACAGGAAAUGACAACAUACCUGAAGUUCAUUCUUGGACGCAUGAAGGAAAGGGCUGUAGACCUGCACAAGAGAGGCAAAGAGGCAAAGCAGCCCAUAUACAAAAGACUGAUCCACACGCCUCUGGAUGUGGAAAACAUACAAGAGAACAUCUCAGAUGGGAAGUACAAGAGCUUUGAGGAGUUCAGGGCUGAUGCUCAACUUAUAGUUCACAACACCGCCAUUCUGCACGGAGUCAACAGUGAUCAGACUGAAAUUGCGAGACUUCUCUAUAACGACACAUGCCAUGAGCUGAAUGAGUUAAUGCUGUGCAGAACCUGCUUUUAUCUCUCAAAUGCGCGACCUGACAAUUGGUUCUGCUACCCAUGUUCUCCGAAUCAUGAGCUGGUUUGGGCCAGGAUGAAGGGCUUUGGUUACUGGCCUGCCAAGGUGAUGCAGAGGGAGGGCAACCAGGUGGAUGUCCGGUUUUUUGGUCACCAGCACCAAAGGGCAUGGAUUCCUUCUGACAACAUCCAGGACAUCACGGUCAGUGUGCAGCAGCUGCAGGUGAAGCGCAGCUCAGGCUGGAAAAAGGCCUGCGAUGAGCUGGAGCUCCACCAGCGCUUUGUGAGAGAGGGCAGAACCUGGAAGGGCAAACCGGAGGAAAAGAACGACAGGUCAGAGAGGCACGAAAGGCAGGAAGAACGACAGGAAGAAGCCGAGUCAAGCAUCUCGUCCACAUCCAAUGAGCAGUCUAGAGUCAACCAAGAGCCCAAGGCUAAAAAGAGCCGGCGUUCCCAAGUCGCCGAGCCCAAAGAAGAGGAACCUGAGCCCGAGAUGGAAGCAGUCAGUUCUAGUCAAGAGAUUCCAACAGCUGUUCCACAUCAGCCGGAGCGUAUGUCCGUCUCCACGCAGACCAAAAAGUCUAGCUCCCCUUCAUCCUCUUCCUCUCCGGCCCCUCGCAUGAUCCACAAAGGCACACAGACAGUAAAUGAAGGCAACUGCCAAAACAUGUGCCACGACAAAUACUCCAAGAUCUUCAGCGACGUUAAAGAAAUGAUGAAGGCGGAGAACAAACGGGAGACCGAACGAGUCCUGAAAGAGGCUCUGGACAAGCUGCGAGGAGAGAUGGAGGAAGAGAAAAGGCAGGCGGUGAACAAAGCGGUGUCCAGCACGCAGGCCGAGAUGGAGAGAAAGUGCAAACAGGUGAAGGAGAAGUGCAAAGAGGAGCUCAUGGAGGAGAUGAAGAAGAUGGUGUCUCAGCAUAAACAACUUCUUUCACAGACCAAGAAGAAGCAGUGGUGUUAUAACUGUGAAGAAGAGGCCAUGUACCACUGCUGCUGGAACACGUCAUAUUGCUCCAUCAAAUGCCAGCAGGAGCACUGGCACGCCGAUCACAAACGUACCUGCCGCCGGAAGAGAUGAGCUACAGCAGGACACGCCCUUUCCUCUUGACUCCACCCACCACGAGACACGCUAUUGGGUAGAUUUUAACACUUCCCACCCUCCCCCCUGCCCACGGAUUCUUGAUUUGUAGCCAGCAUCUUAAACCCAGCUCCACAGAACACUUUUAUCGGGGACAUUUUGCUGAGUUGCGAUGAAUGCUAACAGGGCAAGCCAGUGCGGGAUUGCACAAUCUUUGCGGAGGUUGAUUUUAACGGUAUCCUUUUUCUUUUCGCAUAUCCCUUUUUCGGUUUUACCUUUUUGUUUGCUGUACGACAGAAAUCAGCCUUGCUCGCUUACAAGACAGACUAGCUGAAAUGUGAAGUACUAGUUAUCUUUUUAAACACAACUUAAUCUGAAGCUAUGUAGAUAUUUGACUUUUUUAUAUGAGCGAAUAAUGUCAGCCUCUUGCAUUGAGAUGGUGAAGUUGGUGCUUUUAAACUCGACGGUUGGUUUUUA